CUCGCGGCUAGCCGUACGUGGAGCUCCUCUCCCUCUAGAUUAAUCUUCAUACGUACUGUAUCAUGUGCACUCAAGUCAGCACUCAGCACUGACAUAAAAAUAUGAGACCAACCCUCUUCCUCUCCUCUAGCUAGUUUCAGCAGUUGAGCCGGAGAAUAGAACACUGUCUCUCCCUUGGCUAGUAGGCAAGAAACAAAACUACUGCUAAACUGUUGAGCCCUGCAAUUCUGUGUUUUAGUGCAUGUGUGCAUGCAAGGUUAGUUGCCUAUUAUCCAUGUCGCGAGCUGCUGUAAUAAGGGAGUGUACUGGCAGCUUCUCUUCUGUGAGCAAUACAGCCAGGGAGGUGGAGGAAGAGUUGUUGCAUCACCAACAGCGGCAGUACAACAUCAAGCCGUUCCUGGGUAGCAGCCCGCCGGAGAUGGGCAACGAUGACGGUGAUCUCCAGCAUGUCAUCGGCACCUCGGAGUCGCCGCCUGCCCCGCCGGCUGCGAAGAAGAAGAGGAGCCUUCCGGGAACACCAGACCCGAGCGCUGAGGUGAUCGCAUUGUCGCCGCGGACGCUGAUGGCGACGAACCGGUUCGUGUGCGAGAUCUGCCACAAGGGUUUCCAGCGCGACCAGAACCUGCAGCUGCACCGGCGCGGGCACAACCUGCCGUGGAAGCUACGGCAGCGCGGCGGCGAGGGCGCGGACGGCCCACCGCGGAAGCGCGUGUACGUGUGCCCAGAGGCGUCGUGCGUGCACCACAACCCGUCGCGCGCGCUGGGGGACCUGACGGGGAUCAAGAAGCACUACUGCCGCAAGCACGGCGAGAAGAAGUGGAACUGCGAACGCUGCGCCAAGCGCUACGCCGUGCACUCCGACUGGAAGGCGCACGCCAAGGUCUGCGGCACCCGCGAGUACAAGUGCGACUGCGGCACUGUCUUCUCCAGGCGAGACAGCUUCGUGACGCACAGGGCUUUCUGCGACGCCCUGGCCCAGGAGAACAACAAGCUGGCGCAGCCCAUGAACAUGGCCACGGUGGCCUCGGCCCUCCAGGGUCAGGCACACCACCUCGCGCUGCCAUCCCAGGCCGACGACGACGACUUCGGCCUGGACACCAAAAGCCCGCAGCUCAGGAUGCUCCCCGCCACCUCUGACGACGACACCGCCGACGCGAACCCGCUCCUGCCGCUCAGCAUGGCCGGCUGCAUGCUCCUUUCUAGCCUCGGCGCGACAAGAGCGCCCUCGCCUUCGUUCUUCAGCGGCAGCAAGCUAGGUCCGAUGGGCCUUGACGGGCCUAGUCAUCCUAACACGGGCUUCCCGCCGGUCGGCUCGGCGAGCAUGUCCGCCACGGCGCUGCUGCAGAAGGCGGCGGAAAUGGGGGCAACCACGAGCGGCUAUGGCACGAGCUUCUCCACUGUCGGCUUCGGACCCAUGCUGGGCGGAUCCGAUCAUCUUUCCACCUUGAGCCCUUUCGGGCCGUGUGAUGGGCUGCCUUUGGGCCAGACGCAGCUGUUUGGGUUCGACGCAGGCGGGCUCUUGCCGGGCCAGCUCUACAGUGGCGGCGAGCACGGCGUCGGGUCGCUGAUGCACGGCGGGCAACAGAUGGAGCACCGGCGGCCGGACGACGUGCGCGUGGUGGAUUACAUGGGCGUCAGCGACCAAAGAGGCUUCAAUGGCGUAGGCCCAUUUGGGCCUCACAUGGGUCCAUGGACCUAGAUGGCUGUACCAGCCCAGUGGGAGAUUGCAAUCCAGAAUAACUGGGCCGGCCCAGUAGGAGAUGAGGGCAUUCUAGUAAAUGUAGACCACUCGGUUCCCCGGAAACCCUAACCCACCAGUCACCCCUUUAUAUACGAGACGCCGCCUUGCCUCCCUCUCGCCUUGUAAUACUCAGGUCUCAUCAUAAAUCGGUGGCAUUGGUGCUUCAUGAUCCGAAAAUCCUAGGUUCUUCUGUGUUUCCUCUUUGUGUUUUCUAUUUGUUUUUUGGAUCUUGGUUGGGUUCCUCUUUUGUAUUUUCUGUUUGAUUUUUGGAUCCCGAUUGGCGGCGGUGAUGACCAAAAAAUACCUACCUAUUUUCUGA